CCUCGUCCUUACUCAUCAACAACCAGGAUGGCCUCUGAAAAGCAACAACUGGAAGAGCUUUAUGACGACUCUGUCAUUGACCCUGUAUACUAUGCAAAAACUAGACGUCUGAAUGAAGCCAUCUCGGAGAUUGGAAUGGGCCGUUACCAGGUUUAUCUCUUCAUCUGCGCUGGUUUUGGCUGGUUCGCCGACUCUGUCUGGCCUCUGAUCACUGGUCUCAUCCUCGCACCCGUCAUCAACGAAUUCCACUUCACUGGACCGUUUUUGUCGCUCGCCGCCAAUGUCGGACUACUGGUCGGCGCAAUUGUCUGGGGCCUGGGGUCAGACAUAUGGGGCCGAAGAUGGUCCUUCAACAUCACUUUGAUCAUCGCAGGGUUGUUCGGUCUCGCUGCGGGGGGUUCGCCGAACUUCGUCACGUUGGCAUCCCUUCUUGCACUCGUCGGCGUCGGAGUUGGGGGCAACAUGCCCGUGGACUCGGUUGUGUUCCUCGGUAUGUUGGCCCGACCCGACCGGUGGACCUUUCGUCUCACGCGCUUUCAGACCUCGUUCCCGCAUCACACCAAUAUCUGCUCACUGUCAUGUCUAUCUUCUGGUGCAUUGGUCAGCUGGUCAUCAGCAUGAUUGCAUGGCCUUUGAUUGCCAACUUUUCCUGCUCCACGGCCCAAGGAUGCACGAAAGCCGAUAACAUGGGAUGGCGCUAUCUGCUGUUUAUUCUGGGCCCACUGACGCUCAUCAUGGCAUUCAUUCGGUUCUUUGUCUUCGAUCUGCUUGAGAGCCCUCGGUUUCUCAUCGGGGUCGGACGCGAUCGUGCUGCCGUAGAUGUCAUACAUCGACUCGCUGCGUACAACUCGACGACGACGAGUCUGACCGUUGCCGAUCUCACGGGACACGAUGAGAAAGCCGAGCCGACACCGGAUAUCCAGCGCCCGCUCUUGAGCCGGACUUCCGUCCUGACUGCGGAUCAUUUCAAGGCUUUGUUUGCCACGCGGAAAAUGGCCUUUUCCACCACGUUGCUGAUACUGCUUUGGGGGAUUAUUGGGUUGGCGUCGACGUUGUACAACAGUUUCUUGCCGUUUUUAUUGGCCAGCCGCGGCGCGCAGUUCAAAGAUUCCUCGCUCUCCACAGCCUACCGGAACCAAGCGAUACUGAGUGUGAUUGGCGUGCCUGGUGCGUUCCUGGCGGGAUGGGCGGUCGAGCAGCGGUAUCUCGGGCGCAAGGGAACAUUGGCGAUCUCAUCGGGGCUAACCGGCACGUUUUUAUUCGCGACUACCACUGCUCGGAGCUCAAACCAGCUCCUUGGGUGGAAUUGCGGCUACACGUUCUUCAGUAACAUCAUGUACGGUGUUCUCUAUGCCAUCUCGCCCGAGAUAUUUCCCGCCAAGGAUCGCGGGACAGGUAAUGCUCUGGUCUCCACUGCAACCCGGGUGUUCGGUGUGAUCGCCCCGGUCAUUGCUCUGUACGCAAAUCUCGCCACGGCUGUCCCUGUCUAUAUUUCAGGCGCCUUGAUCAUAUUCUCCGGGGCACUGGCACUGCUUCUGCCCUACGAGCCUCGAGGCAAGGCAUCCAUGUAAGUUGUUCAACGAUUAGAGCACGUAGUACGUACGUUGUAAUAGGACCCAUCGUCUACGUAUGAUCUAGAUUAUGAUAACGUGACCGUGCCAAUCAG